AUACAAUAAACAAGCAAGCAAGAGAGAAACAAACUAACCAGCAACACCACCAUCCAUGGCUUCUGAGAUCCAAAAUCUGAUGAAGGUAUGUUUUUCACUUCUCUCAUCUCUCUCCUUCUGUUACUUUGUAGUUAGAAAGAUCCCAAAAGGCUUCUUCAGGCUUCUCAUCCUCCUUCCCUUCCUCUACCUCUUCACUUUCCAACCAUUGAACUUCACAUCUCCUACUCUCCGAUCAACCUCAGCUUUCCUCAUCACUUGGCUUGCUAACUUUAACCUCCUCCUCUUCUCCUUUGACAAAGGCCCUUUAUCAUCUCACCCACCACCAAAAUCACUCCUACGUUUCAUCUGUGAAGCUUUCCUUCCAAUCAAGGUCAAACAAGGUUGCCCAUCUGAACCCAACUCAACUCCAACCAUUAUAGCCUUUGCAACAAAUUGCUUUCUUUCAGCUCUAGUGUUAUAUAUCUAUUUAUACCACAAAUCUCAGUUACACCCACAGAUCAUGAUGGCCAUAUAUGGCUGCUAUAUAUACCUGUCUCUGGAAUUGCUUUUUGCUGCUGGUGCAACUACUGCUAGACUCCUGCUUGGUAUUGAUCUUGAACCACAGUCAAACAAACCAUACUUGGCAACAUCACUGCAGGAUUUCUGGGGAAGGAGAUGGAACCUUGUGGUAUCAAGCAUUCUAAGACCCACCAUAUACAACCCUGUCAAGCAGAUCUCUAUGUGUGUGUUGGAUCAGAAGUGGGCUGCAGUUCCGGCCAUACUAGCCACAUUCAUUGUGUCUGGCCUCAUGCAUGAGCUUGUGUUCUAUUAUUUCACAAGUUGUAAUCCCACAUGGGAGGUCACAUGGUUCUUCAUUCUGCAUGGGAUCUGUACAGCUGUGGAGGUUGCAGCAAAGAAAGCUUUGAGUUGGCGAUUACAUCCGGCUAUUUCGUGCCCCUUGACUGUUGGGUUUGUGGCAGUUACUACUGUAUGGCUCUUUCUGCCACCCAUCGUUCGAAGUGGCACAGAUGUGAGGAGCUUCAACGAGCUUCUUGCUUUGCUUGAGUUUCUGAGAGAGAAAAUUAGGCACAUUCCAAUGCUAUUGUCCAUGAACACUUACAAACAGUGAGUGGUUUCAAUCGGUUUCUCCA